CACAUCCCCCUCGCCUCAACGCCCCGCAACCUGCCGUGGUGCUGGGCAGCGGGAGGGCAGGCGGAUAAGGGGGGGACAGGAGUCCCUUUGAGGCCGGAUGAGUCUCUCUCUUUCUCUCCCCCCACGUGUAUCAUACAGACAGAUAUAUAGAUGCCUCUCUCUCCCGAUAGACAUGAGAGAGACAUACUGUAUACAGUACUGUACUGGGCUAGCCAGAGAGAGAGAGAACUAUAUAUGUAUGUAUAAAUAUGUAUAUGUAUGUAUAACACACACACAUGGCUGCUGGUGAAAGAAUGCUGUGCUGUCCUUCUCUGCAGGUUGAAGGGGGGAAUUUUAGUGCACAGAGGAGCAGGAGGAGGAGGAGUAUUUUAGCCAUUUUGGUUGGGAUCCUGGGAGUGUGAAUCCCUGCAAGAAAGUCUGUCCCCAUGUUACGCUGUAAAUUCCCCUUUAAAAGAGAGAGGAAGAGCUCAAAGAAAUAUUAAAGGGAAGCCUUAGGUCACCAUGGUGAGCCAGGAGAAUGUAUUUCAUUACAAUUUUGAUAACAGUUUAUAGUGUGUUGGAGGAUUUGUGAUCAGAAUGAAUAGAAAUGGUAAUAGCUACUAGUGAAAAGAAGAUCUGGAAGGCUGGCUUACCAAAUGGUAAACUCUGAUGAUGUGUAAAAGUUCUACCUUCACUUUCAAAGGAAUUAUACCUCUGACUUCCAGAUUCUGGGGAUAAAUGUUAGGAGGUCAUCAUCAUUGCCAUGCCUAUCUCCUGUGGGAGGUGGGUUGCUGACCAAAAUGAGCCUUCAUUAUAUUCCUUUAAGGCAGUUAUUCUUUACAGUUAGUUCUGCAGUCCUAUUAGGACAUCCUAAGUGACUCCAGGAACUUAGGUGGGGAAUGCCUGUACAGCUCUUUAUUGUAAUUAUUUCCAUAGCUUGUAUUAGGCUUCUUGCUGUUUGACUUUCUCUUUCAGGUAGCAGGUGGCUACACUUUGCUGUUCAUAGGAAUGUAGUUCAGCAAGCUGUGGCUGUGCCAUUUUUCUGUCCCCACUUCCUGCUAGGUCUGCGUGUGUCUCCCAUGGCAGGUGCAAGAUAUUGUUUGCUGAGCCAAGCAGAUAAGGAUGCCAGCUCUCUAGGAUCCGGUUUGUGCGUCAGAACAGUGGGGUGGAAAACCCUGACCUUUCGCAUGCGACUGGAGCUCUGAGACCUGGAUUAGUAGGUAACAGACGAUUGAAGUACAUCAGCUUAGCUGUCUUGGUGGUUCAGAAUGCCUCUCUCAUCCUCAGCAUCCGCUAUGUGCGCACGCUGCCUGGGGACCGCUUCUUUGCCACUUCUGCUGUGGUUAUGGCUGAAAUCCUUAAGGGGGCCACCUGCCUGCUGCUCAUCUUCAUUCAGAAAAAAGGUAACCUGAAACAGUUUGCUGCUUCCCUGUAUGACUCGAUUGUGGUGCAGUAUAUGGACACACUCAAACUCGCAGUGCCUUCUCUCAUUUACACCCUCCAAAACAACCUCCAAUAUGUGGCCAUCUCCAACCUGCCUGCAGCCACCUUCCAGGUCACCUACCAACUGAAGAUCCUCACCACAGCUGUCUUCUCUGUGCUGAUGCUCCGCAAGAGCCUGUCCCGUCUCCAGUGGCUGUCCCUUGUGCUCCUCUUUGUCGGUGUGGCCAUUGUCCAAGUGGAGCAGCAGCAGGCAGGGGGCAGAUCACCCCCUGGAGGCCAGGGAAUGCAACAGAACUACAUGGUGGGGCUUGUGGCCGUGGUGGUCUCAUGCCUGUCAUCUGGCUUUGCCGGAGUCUAUUUUGAAAAGAUCCUCAAGGGCAGUGCAGCCUCCGUCUGGCUACGCAACGUCCAACUAGGCAUCUUCGGAACCCUGCUGGGGCUGUUGGGGCUGUGGUCCACAGAGGGGGCAGCCGUGGCUGAGCGUGGAUUCUUCUUUGGCUACACCCCACUUGUGUGGGGAGUGAUCCUGAACCAAGCUUUUGGCGGCCUGCUGGUGGCUGUGGUGGUGAAAUACGCCGACAACAUCCUCAAGGGCUUUGCCACCUCCUUCUCCAUCGUAGUGUCCACUGUGGCUUCCAUCUACCUCUUUGACUUCCACCUCAACCUGCUCUUUGCUCUAGGGGCAGGGCUGGUCAUAGGGGCUGUCUAUCUAUACAGCUUGCCCAAGGGACCUUUGGCCAGCCGCUCCUUAGCGGGGACAGCUACAGAGCAUCAGGGCCACGCAGCACAGAGCAAGGAACUUCCUUCUGUGACUACAGAUGGCUUCCUGUCCAAGAUCUUGGCUAAAGAAAAAGGAUCUUAAUGCACCAGAGGGAACAACUUGCAAGACCUCCGUUGCUCUCCACCUCCCCAGGCUGAAGAGGUCCAGGUUUUAGAUUUCGUCCUGACGCUUCCAAGGAGCUGGCGAGUUCAUAGCCUCGUUGUGUUUACAAGGAUGGUGGGACCACCCCAGCGAUGGCAGCUCUUUGGCGACCUGCAUUUACUCUGCUCUUCCUGGUAUCGGAUCGGCAUGGAUUCGUGAUGUUAUGCGCUUUCCAUUGACAGCGGCUUUUCUUUCAGGCACCCAUUGCCAACCUGUAAGGCCUCCAGAGGUUUGGGACUACAACUCCCAUCAUUCCUGACGGUUGCUGACUGUGGCUGUUGGGAGUCCGAGUCCGACAGCUGGCAGGGCUAUAGGCUGCUUUAAGGCCUGACUAGUGCUUAUUGCUUAUGACGGCAGGCAGCAAUUUGCCACGUGUGACUGAACCAUCACAGUUGCAGAGUAGCAUGAAAUGAAUCUUUGAAAAAGAGGGGAGCAGCCAUUAUUGCUUAGUAGCCCUGGGGGGAUCCUCCAGUCCGUUUACCUAGAGAGGCUGAGCCCGUUGUGUUUACAGAAUUUCUCCAGCAUGAAGAAUCUUACAAACUGAAGUUUGGGGCAACCAGAGCAGGUCUCAUCUUUCUCUCUCUCAUUCCGCCCCCCCCCCCCCCCGGCCUUACCCCAAUGUUUGUUCAACAUCCAACCUAGCAGUUUUUUCUGGAGAACUCAAAAGCUUGCUCACAACUUUGUGAUGUUUUGAUUGGUCCUGAUAACAGUGCUACCUACCACGCUGUGAUUGGGGAUUCUUCACCAUGGCCAAGGGACCAGCACAGCUGUCUUCCAUUUUCAUGGCUAUCACAGAUCUCAGUUCACCAGAUGGGUAGUUGUCAGUCAGUGAAGGACAGGUUCAUGCAAGCAUGUAUUAGAUGUUAUUACUAUGCACUUUGUGGCCCCUUCUGUGCUGUACAUUUAAAUAUGUACCAUACCGGUUUAAGUCCUCAUGGCUUCCCCAAAAGAAUCCUGGGAACUGUAGCUUGUUAAAGGCGCCUAUUCUCCUCACUGAACUACAAUUCCCAGUGGUUUGACAAUCCUCCUCCGGGAACUCUGGGAAUUGUAGCUUCAAGGGGAAUUGGGGGAGGGGGUCUCCUAACAACUCUCAGCACCCUCAGCAAACCACAUUUCCUGGGAAUCUUUUGUGGAAGAAAUGGCUGUUUAAAGUGGUAUAAUACUGAGUUAAAUAUAUAGUGCAGCCAGGGCCUGUGGCAAAUAGCUGAGCACCUGAAUGCUUUGGGACAGAAUCCUGUUUGGGGGGGGGGCUACACAUACAUGCCAAUACUUGUUGCACAGCUGCACUUGGAUUCAUUUUCUUUGAAGAACAAUGCCAGAUUAUAAUUUGUGCCCAAACCUAUUUUGUUUUGUUCCUCCCAUUGCAGGAAAGUAAAAGCCAAAACAGUCCCACCAAAUCCUAAUUCCAGUCCUCGGAUUUUGGCUGCUCUUUGCAGCUUAGCAAUUAUUUAAAAGUAUGGCCUGCACAUUGUUUGGCCAGAGUUAAAUUCAGGUUUGGUGGGUCAGAGGGAUGAGAAUUGGGAAGAGGCAAAGAUGCUUGGGCUGUUUCCAAGGCUGGGAACAGAGUAGAAACUGAUGUGAGGGCAAGGCACCUACCCACCCAUUUCGCUUAGGUUGCCACCUCAUGUGUGCCUCAUUUUUUGCUGUCGCUAAAACAAGUGGGAUGGUGCCCAUGCAGAACCUACAGUCCUCGUUCAUCCCCUCCAUCAGAGUGGCGCUUUAGCAUCAUGUGUAACUCAGUAUUAUGAGAAAAUCAUUGCUUAAAGGGAUCUGCGCUUGGAGCAAAAGCAUUAUAUUUUUAGUACUGACAAUGCUUUUCCAACACUUCUUUAAUAUUGUAGAAACUAAUACAUAUUUGUAAGCAAACAAGCUAGAUGUGGAGUUGUCAUUUACAAAUUGCUCCAUGCCAUGGCUGCUGGCUCAGGGCAAAUGGAUAUGGCUUUUGUGAUGUACAUUUUCUACCUGGAACACAUCGAGGUGAUACACGGUGUGGCUGAAGACAUUUCGGUGCUGGGCUCCACUGCCUUGAGUUCUCCAACCCUUACUGACCAACAUAAAGGAUGGGAUCAGCUUGAGGAGAUGGCAGAAGUUCUUUUCCUUAUGGGACAAUGUUCCCAUGAUGCUCAUAUACAGCAGUGAGAAAAGCAUGGCAGAGACACCAAGAACUCUAGAAGGCUUAACAGACAGGUAAACAGGUGCCUUUCUAGACCUGUAGCUCCCUACAGGUAUAGAAAGCCACUCCUGUGGCCUGAUGACAUCACAGCUGCUUUCUGUAGACUUCAACCAUUACAAGAAGAAAUUGAGUCAGACACAGGGGACCCAACGCCUCAAGAAAGCAGCGAACGACUGCAUCAAAAGAAGGAGAGUAUCCUUUCUGUGCUCACUUGCAAUGCAGUACGGCCCCUGCUGGCCCAACACAGGAGAGACAGAUAUUGACAUAGAGCUGGGAUUGGGAACUUGUAGCCAUCUAGAGAUUGCUGGGCCACAGCUCCCAUCAUCCCAGACGGCAUUUGGCCAUGCUGACAGAGACUGGCAAGAGCUGGACUCCCAGUGCUUGGAGGGCUGUAGGUUCCCCCAGCUCCCUGGAUUGAGCCUCUUCUGUGCACGGCAAGUUCCGUUAUUAUGAUACACAGCAAAGCGACUCGCGGCGCUUGUUU